AAAGAAAGAUGCAGGUUUAUGGGAAGCACAAGGGAUGGCAACAAGAAGGUUGCAUUGGGAAGCGCAAAAAAAUUGAAAAUGUGUAGAUUGAUUAUUUAAACAACAAGAGACAACGUACACAACAAACAAAUAUGAACAAAGAAUGAAGAAUAUGCGGCUCACCAUUCCCUAUCAUGUGGUUCUCUCUCUCUCUCUCUUCUUCUCCUUCUAUCUUCCACCCUUUUAACAUGUCUCAUUACUCAACUCUUCCUUCCAACACAACCUAGAUCUUUGCACCUUUAAUACCAUAAUUCAUACAGUUACCUACUUCUGCAAAGAAACAUCUUUUCAUUAAAUUUUCUUUCACUUCCCUAUAUUACAUAAGCACGUGGACAAGAUUAAUGUUCAUGAUUUCCCGCGUAAAAUUCAUGAACUAAGAUAGUGUUACAUACAAACCAAAGAACCUAUUUGUAUCCUUAUGGCUGGAAAUGAAUGGAUUAAUGGGUACCUUGAGGCUAUACUAUCCACUGGAGCUGCCACUGUUGAUGAGCAAAAGAAGGUGGCUCCGAGAGAAAGUGGACAUUUUAAUCCCACCAAGUACUUUGUGGAAGAGGUGGUGACUAGUGUUGAUGAAUCUGAUCUACACCGCACAUGGAUCAAGGUGGUUGCCACUCGUAACACUAGGGAACGUAGUUCAAGGUUAGAGAACAUGUGCUGGCGCAUUUGGCAUCUUGCCCGAAAGAAGAAGCAGUUGGAAGGGGAGGAACUGCAGAGAUUAGCAAACAGAAGAUGGGAGAGAGAACAAGGACGCAGAGAUGUAACGGAGGACAUGUCUGAGGAAUUGUCAGAAGGGGAAAAAGGGGAUGGUAUUGGAGAGAUGAUACAAAUUGAUGAGACAGCAAAGAAAAAUUUCCUUAGGCAGAUUUCCAACUUGGAAGUAUGGUCUGAUGACAAAAAGGAGAAGAAGCUUUACAUUGUCCUCUUGAGCUUGCAUGGCUUGGUUCGAGGAGAAAACAUGGAACUUGGUCGAGAUUCUGAUACUGGUGGACAAAUUAAAUAUGUGGUAGAACUUGCUCGUGCAUUGGCAAAUAUGCCCGGAGUGUAUAGAGUAGAUCUCUUCACACGCCAAAUCUCAUCUCAAGAAAUUGAUUGGAGCUAUGGAGAGCCAACAGAAAUGCUAACCGCAGAGCCAGAUGAUGAUGAUAACAUUGGAGAAAGUAGUGGUGCAUACAUCAUAAGAAUACCCUUUGGUCCACGUGAUAAAUAUCUCCCAAAAGAACUUCUUUGGCCAUAUGUUCAAGAAUUUGUAGAUGGAGCAUUAGCUCACAUUCUCAAUAUGUCAAAAGUAUUGGGAGAACAAGUUGGUGGGGGUCAACCUGUUUGGCCUUAUGUAAUUCACGGACAUUAUGCUGAUGCUGGAGAUAGUGCUGCACUUCUUUCAGGUGCUUUGAAUGUUCCGAUGGUACUCACAGGUCAUUCACUUGGAAGAAACAAGCUAGAACAACUUCUUAAGCAAGGGCGUCAAUCAAAAGAGGAUAUCAAUUCAACAUACAAGAUCAUGAGGAGAAUUGAAGCAGAAGAACUUUCCCUAGAUGCUGCUGAACUUGUUAUCACUAGUACAAAACAAGAAAUUGAAGAGCAAUGGGGACUUUAUGAUGGGUUUGAUGUCAAGCUUGAGAAAGUUUUGCGUGCUCGUGUAAGACGUGGUGUCAAUUGUCAUGGUAGAUACAUGCCAAGAAUGGCGGUUAUCCCUCCUGGUAUGGACUUUAGCAAUGUUGUGGUACAAGAAGAUGGCCCUGAAGUUGAUGGGGAGCUCUCACAGAUUACUAAUGGUGCUGAUGGGUCUUCACCAAAAGAUUUACCUCCAAUAUGGUCAGAAGUGAUGCGUUUCUUCACAAAUCCUCAUAAGCCUAUGAUCUUGGCCUUGUCAAGGCCAGAUCCAAAAAAGAACAUAACCACUCUAUUAAAAGCUUUUGGAGAAUGUCCUCCCUUAAGAAAACUAGCUAAUCUUACGCUUAUAAUGGGAAACAGGGAUGACAUAGAUGAAAUGUCAACUGGGAAUGCUAGUGUGCUCACAACAGUGUUGAAAUUGAUCGAUAAGUAUGACCUAUAUGGGCAAGUGGCAUACCCAAAACAUCACAGGCAAUCUGAUGUUCCAGAGAUAUAUAGGUUUGCUGCAAAAACAAAGGGAGUUUUCAUAAAUCCAGCUUUAGUGGAACCAUUUGGUCUUACUUUAAUUGAGGCAGCUGCACAUGGGCUUCCAAUGGUGGCUACUAAAAAUGGAGGGCCUGUGGACAUUCAUAGGGCCCUCAACAAUGGUUUGCUUGUGGACCCUCAUGAUCAGCAAGCAAUUGCCAAUGCAUUGCUGAAGUUGUUGUCAGAGAAAAAUCUAUGGCAUGAGUGUAGGAAAAAUGGUUGGAAGAACAUACACCUUUUUUCAUGGCCUGAACACUGUCGUACUUAUUUGACUAGAGUGGCUGCUUGUAGAAUGAGGCAUCCACAAUGGCAAACUAACACUCCAGAGGAUGAUAAUGUUGUUGAAGAGUCUUUGAAUGAUUCACUUAAGGAUGUGCAAGACAUGUCCCUUAGACUCUCAAUUGAUGGUGAUUUAGCUGCAGCAAGUGGUGGUCUUGAGAUACAAGACCAAGUAAAAAGGGUCCUAAGCAAGAUAAAGAAGUCAGAUUCUAGUCCAAAUCAAGAUGGUGUAAAUAAGAUUAGGAAGCAAGAUUCUGGUUCAAAUGAUGGCGGUGAGAAUGUGUUGCAUGACAAUGUAACUAGCAAAUAUCCUUUAUUGAGGAGAAGACGUAGGCUGAUUGUCAUAGCAAUUGAUUUAUAUGACAAUAAUGGAAUUCCUGAGAAGAAAAUGAUAGAGAUACUGCAAAGGGUAAUUAAAUCUGUUCAACUAGAGCCUCAUACUGCUAGAGUUACAGGAUUUGCACUAUCAACUGCUAUGCCAAUGCUAGAAACAGUAGAGUUUCUUACCUCAGGAAAUGUUCCAGUAAAUGAGUUUGAUGCUUUAAUUUGUAGUAGUGGGAGUGAAGUUUACUACCCUGGUAUUAAUGCAGAAGAAGGAAAGCUUUUGCCUGAUCCAGAUUAUGAGGUGCAUAUUGACUAUCGUUGGGGAUGUGAAGGUUUGAAGAAAACCAUUUGGAAACUUAUGAAUGGUUCUGAGGGUGACGAAAUUUCUAAAAAAGUUUCUAGCCCCAUUGAGGAAGAUGUGAAGUCAAGCAAUGCCCAUUGCAUUUCAUACAAAAUAAAGGAUCUUAGUAAGGCAAAGAAAGUUGAUGACUUGAGGCAAAAGCUUAGGAUGCGAGGAUUACGUUGUCAUCCUAUGUACUGCAGGAGGUUAUCUAGAAUGCAUGUGAUUCCACUUCUUGCAUCUAGAGCCCAGGCACUCAGGUAUCUCUUUGUACGUUGGAGAUUGAAUGUUACAAACAUGUAUGUCAUCCUUGGAGAAGCUGGGGACACUGAUUAUGAGGAAAUGAUUUCUGGAACUCACAAGACCAUAAUCAUGAAAGGAGUGGUGUCUAAAGGUUCAGAAGAAUUAUUUAGAGGUCCAGGAAGCUACCAAAGAGAUGAUAUUGUCCCAAAUGAGAGUCCUCUUGUUGCAUACAUUAGUGACAUAACAGAGGAAAAGAUUGCUAAUACUAUGAAGCAACUCUCAAAAUGUGGAGGAAUCUAAAGUGCUACAAUAUAGUUAUAGUGUAAGUAUAGUUUUCUUUUGCUUUCUCUCCUUUUUUAAAACAAUAAUACAUUUAGCUUGUAACAAAAAAAGUAAUACAUUUACCUUUCCAAAGUACAAAAUCAAAAUUGGAUGUAAUUAUUUGUUA